CAUCCGAUUGUGGAGACUUUUAAGAAAACAAGUUUUUUUGAUUCUUUUGUGUGAAUUGAUUUUUCCACUUUAAUUAAACAGUUGUGUGUAUCGUUUCAACCGUAAACAUUGCAACUCAACUGUUUCUGCUAUCCAAAGACAGCAUUAAUUGACUAUAAACUUAAAAGUGAAAAAAAAUUGAAAAAAACAUUAAUUUGCAUUUUAUGUAUAAAAUUUGGUAGGCAGAAACUUAAAUAAGUAGCUUAAAGUUGCUAUUCUAAUAUACCCUAACUCUUGGAAAGAAAACACCGAAAUGUCAACAGAACAAAAGUUUAAAGCUGCUGUUAAUGUAAUCCGUGGAUUACCUAAAAACGGUUCAUAUCAACCCAGCCAUGACAUGAUGUUGAGAUUUUAUGCGUACUUCAAGCAAAGCACAGAAGGGAGUUGCAAAGGAAGAAGGCCAGCGUUUUGGGAUAUCGUUGGAAGGGCGAAAUAUGAUGCUUGGAAACGUUUAGGUGAGAUGCCAAAAGAGAAGGCGAUGGAAUCGUACGUGGAUGAACUUCGAAAAAUUGUUGAAACGAUGAGUUACACCGAGAACGUUGCCGAUUUUUAUGGCAGCAUAGAUGAAUGCAGCGUUAGUCUCGAAGACUUGCAACUUGUUGCACCUGCAGCAAUUGAGAAAGCUCGUUCAAAUCCCAAUUCACCAUUACAUUCGAGAGAAACAAGUCCGAUGAGAAAUGACGUCAUUCCAAAUGGUUACGUGAAUGGAUUUAAUCACAGUGCCACAGACACAUCAGAUGAUGAUGAAUAUAUUGACACAGUUGAGGACGAGAUUCCAGUCGUGCCAAUUGUUGACCACAUGACAAGACAACGCGAUCGAAAACUUAAUUACUCACAGCAAAAUGGCGGAAUUCAUAAAAAGAAUCUACCCAUGACAGAAGUGACAAACACAUUAAAGAUCGAUCCAUCAAUGUUGACGCAUCUGGUUCAAAUUACCGAUAAGAUGAAAGUCGAUUUGCAGCAAGUCAACAAUCGGAUGAAUGUAUUGGAACAAAAGAUCGUGAAAGCUCACAAAUAUCCGAAAUGGUGGCCAUUUGAAGACAUUUCGCCGUACUGGUUUUCAUUCACCGUCAUCUGGCCAGUGGUUGUCGCAAUCGUUUUCCGGACUAUGCAACAGAACAAAUUGAAUCACCAUGGGAAGCGAAGUUAAUUUGGAAGGAUAUUUCAUUAUUGCAUGAGCUGCUUGGUGUGCGAGAAUGAAAAAUUACUAUGUAAAUGAAGUUAUGUAAUGAAAUUCAGUUCACUUUCAUCAUUCCGCAUAUUUUCCAGUACGAGAACAUAAAUUUUUAUUUAAUUUAUAAUUUGAUUAUUUUUUGAGCGAGCAUGGACAACAGCGUUGAUUUUUUUAUGUGUAGAUGUUUCAUGAUCUAAUUGAUGUUGAAAUACAGAAAAAAACAUUUAAAUGUUGACAUGAUAAUUAAACUUGUUUAAAUUCUGAGAUUUAAUUAAUGCAGCAGAACUUGCCAAGAUUUAAUUUAUUAUCAGAAAAAAUCUCAUCUCAAUACGAUUCUGACGCAGUUGGUGAUAAUGUUUCACGUCUGUUUUAUGCGACUUUACAGCUUCAUUUUCAACAACAUCAACAAUAAAUUUUAAUUUAUUCGUGUAGAGAAUUGGAGAAUCAAAGCUAUGGCAUUUAAAUGAAUAUCAAAAAGCUGACAAAUUUUGCAAAUUUCAUGCAACAUCAUUUAAAUGAACUCAAUUAACGUCAUAAGAGGCACAAAUGAAAAUUCCACGCUUGCGAAAAAUUCAUCUCUGAAAAAAGUUCAUAUGAAUUUUACAUAAAUUUCAUUUUAAAUAAACGAAGUGCAAGCUCAAGCACUUGUCUGAAGCUGCUCAUGAAAAUUUUGGGAAAAUUUCUUCAUAAAUUUCAAAAAAACGAGUUAAUUAAAUAUGUUGAUGCUAAUAAGCAUAAAAAUAUAAACAUGAUUAACCAUGCUGCUUCGUUAUCGCGGAAAUCGUGAAUCAUUUCCUGUUUUUAUUUUAUUAUUGCUUAAUUUAUCAUAAAACUAUUGCAUCGCAUUAAGUUCAAAUUUAAUUUUUGAUUAUUUUGGUCUAGGGAAGUUUAAAGCGUGCAAUUGAUAAACGAACUGAUUCAACUUUAUCUUGGAUUAAUUUUUUAUUUCUUAUUAGAUUAUGUUUAACAUUUUUUAAAUUGUUAUAAAUAAAGAACAAAA